UCACUGUGUAUCUCUCUCUGUGUAUAUAUAUAAAUAUAUAUAUAUGCAUAUAUUUGUUCAUGAUUGCUUCGCACUCUUCUCUCUUAGAAAGACUCCAGCUCUAACAAAAAUGGAAGAACCAAGUGAGCAAAAUGUGGCUUGUCCAACAUACAGAGGUGUUAGAAAGCGAAAGUGGGGGAAAUGGGUGUCUGAAAUUCGUGCGCCGGGUAAGAAAACCCGAAUAUGGUUGGGAAGCUACGAGGCACCAGAAAUGGCGGCCGCGGCCUAUGAUGUUGCUGCGCUGCACCUUAGAGGACGUGGCACGCCCCUCAACUUCCCGGAACUAGUUGAUAGUUUGCCACGGCCGGCGAGCUCGAAUGCUGAGGACGUGCAGUUGGCGGCUCAAAAGGCAGCAUUGCGGCUACGGAGGCCUGUACAGGUGACGGUAGAGGUGGGCAGCGCAGGGUCUAAUGCCGUGCCCGCUAGGGUGGGGCUGUCGCCGAGCCAAAUUCAGGCCAUAAACGAGUCACCCUUGGAUUCCCCGAAGAUGUGGAUGGAGUUGGCAGGGGCUCGUUUGUUGGAAGAGAAUAGCAUGGUUAUCUAUUCAAUUAUUAGAGGAGGCUGGUUCAAGUUAAAGCUUCCUGAUGUGUAAGUUUUUUAAGAUACAGAGAAUCUUUGCGCUUGAAAGGGAGAGAGAGAAAAUGAGGGUCUAUUUUGCUCUUCUCAAGCAUCAGAGUGGCUGGGGAUUUAUUUUUUGGUUGCUGAUCAGUAGGUAGUCCAUGUCAAUGAUCUAUAUUGGGACUCUUUUUGUUUUGUCCCCAACUCAGUCCUGUACUUGCAAUUUGUGGCAAAUGCUGAAAAAGUCGUGCAAUUUGCUUCACUUAUGUAAAAGUUGUUUAUUAAUUGAACCAACCUUCAACAUUAGUUCUUA